UAGUCCCAUCCAUUUCGAUGUCGAAUCCUCUCAAACCCCUACACCAACGAAGUUAUCACCACGCUCUCCCCUUUCUCUCUUUAUUUCUAGGGUUUCAAGCGAUUCGUUUCUCUGUCGAAGUAGUAGUAUUGGAUUGGUUUUGGGCGACUUAGGGUUGUUUUGUAUUGCUUUUUAUCCAAGAAAAAUUCUAGAUUUGUGUAUAUAUACGGUGUUAUUUUGGUCUCGUUUUCGGUUAUUCUGGAUCUCAGAGGACGCAGGUUUUGGAUAUCUGUAGCGUUUUCACCUUCAACAUUCACUAGAAGGGGUUGUUUUGAAUAUUAAAAACAGUGAUGCGUGGUUAUGAGGAUUUGGAUGAAUAUGAAGACGACGGAUUUAUCGAACGUUCAGAUGACGAUGAUGGAUUUAUUGAACAUGAUGAAGAACAGAUGUAUGAAGAAGAUGAAGGAGAGGAAGAGGAAGCGCAAGAAGUAGUAAGGAAGCCUACCAAGGAAGAGGUGGAUUUUCUCAAAGUUAGGCAACAGAUAAAAGAAACAAUGAGGAAGCAGAUGAAGAAGGAAAAUGCUUCUGCCACCGGAAAUUCCCAAGAGAGGAAGAGGCAUAAUUAUGGUUCCUUUUUCGGCCCUUCUCAGCCUGUCAUCGCGCAGCGAGUCAUCCAAGAAAGCAAGUCACUGCUUGAAAAUCCGCACUUGGCAGCUAGAGUUUUAAAUCCCCAGCACAGGGUGCAGAGCAAGAAGAGUCCCGCUCUUGCAAAAGCUACCCCAAGGCCUGGUGUACGUGAGCGACCACCCAAAGUUGUUAGCAUGGAAAAACAGAAAGCGCAGAUCUUAAAGGACCAAAGAGAUUAUUCAUUUCUACUCUCUGAAGAUGCUGAACUUCCAGCUCCCACAAAAUUGCUUCCACCCCGGACUGGUUCUGCACCAAACACUGAUGCCCGAUCAGCUCAAUUGUCGUCCAAAAGUCCAAAGUCGAGCAGUAGUACUAGCAGACCAGCUCUGAGUGGUCGUGAACAAAGACCAGCUGUUUCUGGGGGUCAUCGGAUGCAGAGUAAACCAGGGCAGCAUAAACCGUCUCCUGGAAGUAGACCUGGUUCAACAUUAGGGAAUCAUAGAAAACAGCUGGAUAGUAGUAUUAGAAAUGGGCCAAGCCGGACUCAGGGGACAAAUGGCUUUCCCUCCAAAACCAGCGUUCAAGUGAAACCCUCAACUUUGAAUAAGACUUCAGUUCCAGAUAGAGCUCGUGCUCACACCACAGAUAAAAAUAUUUCUUUAACUGGUGGAAAAAGGCUGCAAACUGAUAUGCGGAAAACAGUGUUACCUAGGCCACACCCGUCUGUCUCUGGUCUGCAAAAACCAUUACUUAAGCCGCAGCCAUCUAGGUCUGCUAUGCAGAGAGCACCGUCCAAGUCACAUCCAUAUGAACAGAGAAAGGAUUUUCGAGAAGUAGACAGAUCUAGACUGUUGCCCAAACAGCAAGUACCUCCUUCAACAGCUCCUAAGGUGAAAACUCCCAAGCAACUUCCUCCUGCACUAAAGGACCGUCGAAGGAAUAGGUCUAUGAGUCCAGAUGCCACCGAUGUACGGCAAAUGGUCAGAAGUCUAAUGGGUUACAAGCCUAGGUGCAGGGAGGAUGAGGAUGACAGUGAUAUGGAGGUUGGCUUUAACCAAAUUAUGCAAGAAGAGAGGCGCAGUGCAAGAAUUGCACAGGAGGAGGAUGAGAGAGAACGCAUACUCAUUGAACAAGAAGAGAAAGAAGAGAGGGAGAGGGAGAGGAUGAGGAUGAGGAAAAAGCGUAAAUUAAGCAGUCACUGAUGAUAAAAUCCGAAGGCAAUGUUCUUUCUAAAGUGGAUUUAAUUUUACUCAAUUUUGUAACUUCAAAUACCCUCCUGUAAUUUUUUUUCUUUUUGUAGUUCAAUCUCAGUCUGUAGUCAGUUUCAUGUUGACAAAUAUGAUUGGAGGAAAAAGGAUAAUUCAAAAGUUUGCAUCUUUAUGAUCC